AUGACAAGUAAUCUUCAACAAUUAAAAUUACAACUUUCAAGUUUACUACUUGCCAAUAUUGGUUGUAAUUCUUUGAAUUUAACAGAACUUAGAAUAAAAAAACAUCAACAGCAAACAAAACAUUUAAAUGAUUCAAUUUCAGUUAAAGAAAAUCUUAAUGACAGUUAUAAUAAUCAUGAAGAAAGAGCUAAUAAAUUGUUUGAAGUUUAUUUGUAA